AUGGAGAUGCGCCGGCAGCGGCACAGGCGACCUCUUCCAGCAGGGACGAAUCCACGCGGUGAACUGGGCCUGCUGCUUCCCGAUGAACGGCUCAACCAACCACCAGGACGCCUCUGCGUCGUCCAUCCCCAGCUUCCCAGCAACGCCGUCCUCGUCGUACGGCCCGCUGCUGCGCAGCCGCUGGUCUUCUCCAACAUGCCUCGCUGCUGGGGCUGGACGCGCACCACCGUCUUCACGUGCACGGUGCACCCACGAACACCUCUGGGCUCUGGAGGCUCCUCCUACCCGGUGGUCGGUGGUGGCAGCAGCGUUGGGCCCAGGAACGUGUACUGCAGGGCUUCAACGUCGUCGGAAUUAGGCGAGCUGGAUGGGUUCGCGGAGGAGGUGUAUGCCGCUACGUCGAGUCGGAAGAGCACGGCGAGGCUGAUCACGAUGACGUUGGCAUCGGCGGCUUGGGAAGCGUUCAGGCGAUUCAGGUUCCAGGUUGAGAUGCACUGCCGCUGCAUUGGCUGCGUCAGGAAGGUGGAGAAGGCCAUGGCGUCCAUUGGGAGUUUCAGUGGAAUUGAAACUUCUGUGGGAGAUGUUAACAGUGGGAUUAUCACGGUGGUUGGAAAGGUGAACCCAACAGAGAUUUGCCACUGGCUGAAGAGGAAGACGAAGAAAAAUGUCAAAGCUGUGUACCCUGAUACUCCAAUUGAGGAUCACAAACAGAAAAUGAUAUUGGUUCUAGGAAGCAGUUCACAAGGUGGGCACCCUACACCCUCUGCUCCACCAUUACAAGAUGACAUGCCCUGGGCUUUGGUACCAUCAGGAGUUCAACCAGACCAUGAGAGCCUACAUUUCAUUGAGGAGAAGAUCAGGGAUGAGCUGAAGAUCAAGAAACCGCAAAACGAGCUGAUGGCAGCCAAGAUUGAGCUCAAACAGUCAAUGAGAGUGAUCAAUGGCAGUAAGAAGGUUUUGCUGGAUAGUGCUUUGAAUCAGCUCAAAGCAUACAAGAACCUAGAGGCACUUAGUCAGUAA